UUAAUACUGUAAACACAUACGUAGUUUUGAUCACAGUGAGACACAGCUCUGGGUAACAUUUGAGGUAAGCCACCUGAACAUAAGAUAACUAAGAAGAUAAGCUUCAUGAAUGUUGAAUAUUUGUCUGCCUAAGACUUUUUCCUUGUGUUACUUCCUGUUGUUCGGAAAGCUAAUUUGGGCAAGCUGGUGUUUCUCUGCCUCUAACAUGUCAUGGUAUAGUUGUUACAAAAAGGAAGUGUGUCAUCACUGUGGUUUUAGUUCCCUACUUAGAGUAAACGAUAUAUAAUUUCAGUUACAGAUUUGCUUAAAAAAUCCAGCCUUGUCUAAGUCUACUUGCUUGAUGCUGACGGUCGUUUGCAUCCUAAGAGCGAAUAUAUGCACAAAGAAAUCUUACUGUUAGAGGAUUAAAUAUCUAAAGCACCAACCUUCUUUUGACUACGUCUUGGCAAGGUGACUAAAGAGGAAGAUGAAGACAAAGAUACACAGUAAACCACAUUUUGCGUUCCCUGUUGUGAUAAUUUUUGCUUUGUGUUUGCAAGUAAGUGCAAACCAUGCUGAGUACCCCAGAGUUAUAAAUGAAACCUGGAAUCCCAUCAGCCAAAACAUAAGAGAAGCCAAUACAAAUUCUCCUCCAACCAUCAAUUUCAACACAAAAACAAUGACUACUGAAAUGCAGACAGCCACCUCUCAGUCUCUCUCUUCAACAAUGGGGCAAAACUCUUCAGUGUCUUCGUCUCCCAGAAGUGCUGUUUCUGCCGCUGGAGGACCUAAGAAUACCAGCAAACCCAAGACUACACGGACAAACGAAAUGUGAAGACAAUAAGUCUCUUAUACUGAUUUGCUUCGUUAUAAUAGCAGUGCUUGUGCUCAUCUGCACCUUCUUGUUUCUGUCAACAGUCAUAAUAGCAAACAAAAUGUCUUAUCUCAAAAAAGCUCAACAAGGAAAACGGAGGCCCAGAAGCAACGGCGAUAUUCUGGCUACCAACAGCUUAUGGCCAACUGCAGCAGGAACGUGGCAGAAGAUGCCUACGGAGGCAGCUGGAACUGACUUGAUAAUGCAAGAGUUACUAGCAGGGAGAGAUGCUGCAAUCCAAAGGAAAACCCAAGAUCAAACUACUGAGAGAAUCACUAGAACAGAUAAACAAGAAAAUGAAGAAAUGAAGCACAAAAGCAUUUUAAACAAUUUUGUGGUUGAGAUUUAAAUCGGUCAGCUAAAAAAACCUCAGCUUUUACAUUUUUUAUUAAUUAAUAUGAUAAAAAAUGAUUAAUAUGAAACAAAAACUUAGCUUUCAAAUAACAACCGGAAUUGUAACACAGGAAAGCUAAACUCGCACCCUAGGGUUUUUCAUUUUAUGGUAGUGGGAAUGCUGUAAAAAUGUGUAGAUCUAGGAGUAGGACUGCAUUACAAAGCUUCUUAUAAAUAGCGCCAAGGUUGGUUUAACUCCUUUUGACCAGAAAUCACAGCUGAAGUAGCCAAACAGGAUAAAACAGAAGGACAGAAGUUUGUCCAUUCUCAAAGACCAUUGGGGGGAAAAAAGGAAAGGAUGGUUAGUCUAAUAAAUACAGCAUACUCUGAAGUGCCACACAGGCAUAUCCAGGUUGCUAUUUUAAGAAAACGUAAUUCAGUCACAACUUUGACACAAUUACUGAAACAGAAACUAGUCUCUCAAAAUGCUCCUUCCACUUUCUCCAUCAAAAACUGUUUAAAUCAGCUUAACUGUUUUUGAACCAGAUUGAGAGCAAUCAUAUUUAUUGUUUUGACUUUGUGCAUAAAUAUAUGAAGUUUGUACUAUAUAUUACAAUAUAAAAAGACUUCCAUUUUGUUAUCCUCAAUAAACUAUCAUCAUCAUUUUUUAAAUAAAGUAUAUGUUAUUUCUCUAAGUCAAAAUAUUGUAAGAAAUAUUACACUAGACAUUUUGGAAUAUCAUAUCACUAUCACAUCUGCUGAAUGUUAGUAACAGUCUUCUCUGAUACCUAGGCGUGAUUUCUUACCUUGUGAAAACAUCCAUAUGGAAAAACACUACAUUUUGUCCUAGUGCAACCAAUUAGAACAUGACAAAAAUUUCUUCAAGAGCAACCAAUACUUUUAGUUAUGUUAUUCCCAGAGACCUGAUUUUCCCAUAUAUAUUGGCAGAUGCCUGCAUCUAGCCUCAGUAUAGAGGAGCUUUGUUAUUUUAAGGAAACAUGAGAAGCUUCUUUUCACAGGCUACCUCCUGGGUUAAAGAUUUAUUGCACCAUGGGUAUAGGUGUUAGAACUGAGUAACAACAAAGUUCUAAACUUCCUGUGCAUCUGUAGUAUCCUUGACACAAGAGAUGGUUGUAUGAGUUUGAAAGGAUCAAGACUGAACACCAAUUACUUAAAUUCCACUACAUCACCUAUAAACCUACCUGGAAGGGCAAGUAAAGAAGCAACAGAGAAGAAAGACAACAGUAUUAUGGAAGUCAGGAGAGAAGAUGUCAAAAAAUAAAAAAUAAAUUGCCUGUGUCAAAGGUAGUUGGUAAGGAAGAUAAAGCUGGAAAAAGUUUGAAAGCUUAGCUCAGAAGUAGGAGUCAUUAGAAAAUAGACUUCAAUGAAGAUGGAAAAUAAAACUACAGGGAGAAUUCAAAUGCAUCUACUGUAAGGCAUAUAUUCAGACCUUAGAUCUCAAAGGGAGAAGGUGCAACACAGCACGCAGGUAGGAUGGGGGGAUAGGAUAUCGUGUCUCACAUUUCUAAAACAUGAGGGGAGAGCACAAGAAAAGAAUUAAGGACAAAUUGUGACACAUUGGUGAUGACAGCUUAGUAUUUAGAGGAGACGAAUCAACAACAUCUCACAUUUGUGACAGAAAGAGAGUUAAAGGGCAGGGUAGGGAGAUGCUGCAUUACAGUUGCCUUUUUCUUCCCCAAAAUGACCAUAAGCACAUGAGGCAACAGCAGAGGCACUGCAAGUACUAAAAAUGAAUCUGGGAUAGCAGAUGUGGGAAUCUAACCUGGUGUAAAACUUGUCACAGCUAAGAAGAUAACAGAACUAAAAAAAGGAGUAUGAAUCUGUAGGAGAAUUAGCCAGCCUGGAUCAGGAACACAGUAAGUUGCUAGCAGAAAGCAGAUAAAAAGGGUGAAACAACACUGUCAUAAAUAAAAUAAAAAAGGAAAAAAAGGAAAGAAUCACGAUCCUAUCAGUGGAAAGAAGGAAAAGAAAUAAUAAUGAGGGUGUGAUCCGUGGCUGAAGACAGGUGGAGACUGUGAUGAGUGAAGGGAAUGUAGAUGAGAAGAAGGACUCAAGAAACUGUGAGUUAUUAUGUCAGUACGGGAUCAGGAUUUGUCUGUGCUGCAGGAGUAGGGAGAGACUGAAAAAGAGCCAGUGCAACCAGAAGAGAAGCACAGCACAUACAGGAAAUGAAGAAGCUGCAGAAUGAGGACAUGGCACUAGCUACUGUUGUAGGCACAAGAAUACACUUGCAAAAUGCUGUGAGGACAUUUCUGCAGGUUUCUUUUGCCACACAGCCUUUCUAGGCAAAAAUGCUUAAGGAGACAAAAAAUACAAAGUAGUCUGGGUUGCACUAAGGGAUGCGGACAAAGAGACAGUGGGAAAACAACUGCUCAGAGAGCACCGUCCCCCUUUAAUGGCAACAGCAAGUACCAAAGUUGUCCAGACAGAAUAAUAAUGUGGGGAAGAGGAGGCAGGGGGAAGGGUAAAAUCUAUAGUUAUCCGCCUUUUAAAACAACUACGCACAUGAAGAUGUGUAAGCAAGCCAGUAUCUUGUGAUCAGAUGGCUCUCUAUGACUCACUGCAAUGAACCUAAGGUUGCUUUUCCAUUAAUAAUCAUGACAGUUCAUCAAAACCACCAUCAAAAUUAUAUCUGUAAAAAUAAAAUCCAAACCUACCUCUAUGUCAAUCAAAAAUUUUAUAACUAUUUUCAAAGACAGGAAACCAAGCAUUUAUUAAUUUCUUCAUAAUAGACACGACUCAAUAAAAGCCACAAGCACGUAAAUAUUUAAGUUUUAUCAAAUCAUCAGAGCUGAAAAGUUUGCUCUUAAAUCAUGCAAACCUUGAGCUAAGCUUCUUAGUAAUCUCCCUACUCUUGGCACUUCCUGCAGCAAGUGUUGGUAAACUUCCUCUUCAGCUGCAGAAACUUGCUUCAAUGUGAGAAAAGCCAUUUUAAAACUGCUCGGCUUUCAGCACACAGUCCGUCUUUCUAAGGCUUCAAACAAAAAAUAAGAUGCUUGCUUGAUAAACCAUAAAUGUCAAGGAGAGGACGCAUUUCAAUAGACUGCAGGGAAAUGGUGCGCAGCCAAAUAAUACUGGUUCUUAUCUCUGGAGAAAUCUGGAAAUCGCUUUCUACCGAAACACCCUCAGAUGUUUCCAUGAGUGAAAGAAAUGUAUAUACCAGUACCAGGAGUCCAACAAAAAACAGAUUUACUACGUAUCGAUUGCAAACAACCGGACCCAGUCUGCACACGUUUGGCAGAGCACUGACUGCUGUGAUGACAACACCUCGCCCGACUGGAAUAUGCAAAGAGCCUAGCAAUGAAAGCCUAGCAGCAAUGAUAAGCCUAAUUUUGGUUAGUAUGAUAAUUGCUAUUAUUGUGAUUAUUCUGUGGAAGUGCUGCAAAAGGCCCCUUCUAGUCAAUUCAAACUGGGCUGGUCGUUCUCCGUUUGCAGAUGGAGACACACCAGAUAUCUUUAUGGACUCUGGCCAGGCUACCAAGCGUUCAUCGGUUUUAUCUGUGUUGCCUUGGAAAUUUAGAGAAGAUACACACUUCCAGCAUGACCUUAUCACGUCAGAGAAACCAUCCAACUGCACCACCAGUCAUGAAAGCAGCCAACUGCCUCCACCAGCAGAAGACUGCUCUGCAGCCAGUAUCUCCGUUUCCAGCGCCGCUGCACCGCCCGUCUCAGACGCAGCAAGCUGCACAGCUGGCUCGUGUCCUCACCCCUCUUCCGGGUCCUCUGACCUGCCACCUCCACCUGACUGGCUCAGGGAACCAACUGAGGAUCACAGUUUGGAUCCCAGUAAACAAGAAGAACUUCACUCAGAAAUAAAGGAACAAUUUCCCCCCCCUCCUGAGCUAAUCAUUUAAGAGAUUCAUGAAUCACUGCCACAGCCAGAACACCCUCCACAGAUGGCCAAAAUCACUUUCCAACAUGCUUCUCAUUUUUCUUAAAUGAAGCAUUCUUCAAAUAACUGAACAAUGGAGAAGUUGCCACAAGCAGGAACAACCAAACCACAGCAUGAGCAAUGGUUCCCCAGCACUUACUGACUUCAGCUUUCAUAGAAGGGAACAACUUAGUUCUGCCCAAAACAAAUCAUGCCAAAAUACAAUACAGAUGGAGCCCACUGCAAAGACAAGUAGCAACUCCAGAUUUUGGAGACUAUGGAAAACAGCAUGCAUACCUUUGUGUGUCAGCACAUACAUAUACAUAGCAUACAGAUGGACACGGAGCUUUCAAGAAACAGUAUGAGCUUUAGAGGUACUCAGAGCUUCUAACAACUGUUUGUCCUAUUAGGCUGUACAAGUGAAUGCAAUGAAUUCAAGCUAAUUUUAAUAAAGCUUUCUAAUUCAAAGAUGUUUUGGUCGCUUAAAGCAAAACAGAGAAUUUUCUUAGAUACAAAGCUUCCAAUGCAGAACAAAAUCCGAAUGCUUUGACAUGCAUACAUAUCGGCUAUCUUUCAUAAAAAGGUCUAUUUUCUGCAUAUGACUGAAGACUACUUGGUAACAGCGGUUGACAGGCGUUUGAAAUAAAUCCUCAUAACAGCCAUCAGUUGCUCUUCAUUUAUAGAAAGGAGAUUUCCUCCAGAUCAAAUAUUGCCAAAAUAUUUAGUGAUAUAAAAUCUCUAGUCACUACAUACUAUUUUUUGGUAACACAGAGAAUAAUAGUGAAAGUAAAGUAGUCACAAAAGAGCUGAAACAGUUCCAAGCACAUGAAGAACAAGCAUGAAAAAGCCUUCUUUUACCUAGGCACUUUUGAUUUCUGUGGCUAAAUAGAAACAGUUCACAGAACACCCAAGGCAAAUAACUAUCAGAAUGAGUUGUGCACAUUUACUUAUCUCCUUUAAAGCAGUCUUUUCAGAAAAGAUUCAAUCUUAUUUAUAUAAACUUCAAAAAUUGAUUUAUGGUUGUCUAGAUGCCAGAUGCCUUUUAACUCCAAAUGCUUAAGCAUUUUAGAGGUUCCUUUCUGGGUCCUGACUACAAGAGAAGCUUGCUGCCCUGUCUAGAACCAUGCAUUUUAAUAUGCUAUUUGAUGGGAAGUUGAAAGAUGGUCUCAAAGGUAAAUUAAAAAAUAGAUAUAUUUUGCUGGUAUCAAAUGCUUAAAUUUAUAGAAAGAAGCUGCCAGAUGCUGAAGCUAGGUUUCCACGACAUCUCUGCAAAGAGGCAAAGAGCUUGCAGUCUUGAGUUUGUUGGAAGAGGGAAUAUAUUUGUAUGCAUUAUGCAGACCACUUGUUUGCACAUAUAACAACAAAUUUCAAAUUAUUUAAAUUACCACUAAAAAAUAAGUCUUAAGAUGUGCAUAUGCAAUUCUAUGCUGAUGUGGGUACAAUGGGCACAGGAAAAGAUAUUUACAAUUAUUUUCCUUAUUGUUUGUAUAAGAUGUAUACAUCUGUGUGCCUGAAGAACAGCUUUCCAGUUGCUCAGAGACUUCUGUAAGGCUUGUUGCACUAAAUGAUGUUAAAAGUAACAGCAUUAUAAACAAUAUAUAUACUCUUACGAUAUUGUUUGGAGAAAUGCAGAUAAAGAUGUCCUAGAGAAAGCAGUUAAAUUCUACAAUCUGGGCUAUAUUAUACCUGACAAUACAGGGACAACCUGACCUGAGCAGCAGCAAACUGAGCAUUUUAAAAUUAUGAAAAGAUAUCCUAGCAGUGUUGCUUAAGAAAGCUCAAGAUAGGAAGCCUAAAUUAACAUUAACCUUUACUACAGAAGCAGAGAUGAAAUGAAGGUAAAAAAGAACACAGCUUGCAUGACUUUUUAAAUGGGAACAUUUAAAUGGACUCAUAGGUUAAGCUAAAAUAGCCCACCAAAAUUCCACUCAGUACUGUUUACUUAGGUAAUCUUACAUACUAUAUUAUGAUGCAUUAACAUGACUAAAAAAAUAUAGUUAGGGAGAAGUUAACUAAGUCAAAUUACAAAAGCCAACUAUUUUAUUGAAUAUGCACGCUUUGCAAUAAAUUUGAGUCAGCACCAAUGACAGCUCUGCAGUCCUCCAGUGUAGUACAGAUCAGGUGGUUGCAGAGCCCCAGCUAGCAGCAAUACGAUGCAGCUGAAGAGGCAAGCACAAUCCACAGACAGCAACUGUAGCUACUCUCUAGAACAAGACGACCUCUAAGCUUAAAUCUUUCACAGAAAUGAUGUGCUGAUAUUGCAGAAGAGAUUACGGGAGCAAUGGAACACCAGAUAUUGAAAGCAUCUACCUGUCUGCUGGUCCUUCUGUUAUUCAUACCCACUGUUUUGGUUAUCUGUCCUUCUAACUGUACAUGCUCAGGAAACAACAGGAAUGUGGACUGUUCAGGCAGAAACUUAACUGUACUGCCACAUGGACUUCAAGACAACAUUACAUAUUUAAAUCUGUCCUUUAACCAGUUCGUAGAUCUUGAUCAUCAGCUGACAAGAUUCACCAACUUGAGGACCCUUGAUAUUUCAAAUAAUUGGCUCAAGAAUAUUCCUGCUCAUCUGCCCAAGUCCUUGUGGGAAUUAUAUGCCAUAAAUAACAACAUUAAAGUUCUUCAGAAACUUGACACAGCUUACCAGUGGAAUCUUAAAGUGCUUGAUGUUUCUAGGAACAUGGUGGAAAGAGCUGUUCUCAUCAACAACACACUGAGCAGUCUCAAGUUUCUCAACCUCAGUAGCAACAAACUUUGGACAGUUCCAACCAAUAUGCCCUACAACAUAGAGACAGUGGAUCUAUCCAGUAAUUUCUUGUCCCAGAUACUUCCAGGAACACUGGUGAGAUUACAGCACCUUACAAGCCUCUACCUACACAACAACAAGUUCACAUACAUUCCUGACAAAGCUUUUGACCAGCUCUUUCAGCUACAAGUAGUAACACUAUAUAACAACCCCUGGUCCUGCAGUGAUAAACAAAACAUCCCAUAUUUACUAAAAUGGGUGCAGGGAACCACCGCCAGCGUCAUAGGGGCUCCCUGUGCUAACGAAUCUGUGCUUUGGGUGAACGCCACGCCAGCUGCAGCUGCUCCCACAGUUCCAGCCACUAACCACAUGAUUAAAGGAAUAAAGGCAGCAGACAAAGCUGCUUCUCCAGUGGCAACUGAACCAUCCCAAAUGACAAAAAUGCAUAAACAAUUUAAAGCUAAGGAAGUUACUACCUUGGCUACCUUAGGCCAAACUGUACUGUUUACGAGCACAGACCGGCCACUGCUCCUCUAUCCAGAAGACCUGACAACUAGGAAGGUUAGCUCUUACGAAGCAGCAGCCACACACACAAUCUACAUUAAAGAUUCAACUGACAUGAACUCAAGCCUGACCCAUCCAACAGGAUCAUCCACUACUCCCAUGACUCUAAGUAUCACCAGCGGAAUGCCAACAAACUACUCAAAAAUGCCUCAAAGCACAACUGCUACCUUAAGGAGAGAGGAAUCCACCACAAGUAUUUUAAACACUGAUGUGCCCUCCAAAGCAAGUAUCUGUGAGGUAUAUUUGUUUUACGCUGUAAUGCUUAAUGCAGUGGCAAUGUUUAUUGGCUAGGGGCUUGUAUUCUUGUGAGAAGUAUUGAGCUUAUUCCUGUGAUACAUAGCUGGAGGUAAGACAUCCAGGUCAAAUAAUUACUCAAAAUACAAAAAAUUUGAAGUUCUGACUGAUCUAAAGAAGAUAACAGUUCUUAAAAGAAGUGCACACUAAUGUCUGGAUACUAAGCUGCUACUUAUUUUAAUGUCUUAAUUGAGUAAAACUAACCUAUGAUUUUGUUUUUAAAAAUGUGCUUAUUUUGUAUUUAAAUUUUUAAUUUUACUUGCACAGAAUAAAACAUCAGAAUUUUAAGUACUGAUUUUAUGUAUGAUUUUGUCAUAAACAACUGGAAAAAAUAGAAGUCUUGUAUCAUAUCUGCAUUGUCUUGCUUGACUUGCCGAUGAGCAAUCCUUGUAAUAUAGCAGCACAGAUUCUUUGUUAUGAUGACAUGCAUAAGGAAGGGAAAAAUAAAGAAACUAAACCUAGCUGUUGCACUAAUCAGAAGUUAUUCCUGAGAAAAAUUGCUAGCAUGUGUAUCUAUGUUUGCUUCAUAUGUAUUAGCAUAUUUUAAAUACGAAGAACAACAGUUUUGAAUUUAGGAAUUAAAUAUGACAAUGCAAUGAUGUCUAUAUAAGAGAGGGUAAACUGAGAAGCCAACGUGGUCCAACUUCAGCAUGGGAAAAAUGGUAGGGGCUGAUACCUCUUUUUGCUCUGUCUUGACUUAGAGACUGCAGGCAAGUUAUUUCUCGCUCUCCAUACUUUAAAAAAAAGAUAGAAGUAGAGGAAAACACAAGAUGUUCAAUGCCAUGACACUCUCCAACAAGGAACUUACCUACACAAAUUAACAAAAUUGACCACUCAGUUGCAAUCAAAAAUCUGAAAUAUCUGUCACUAUGCUACGCUUCAAAGAAUGCUGCAAUUCAGCCAGAGUGUUUCGAACUACUUUUUAAACACUGAAA